GUUUUUCCUGGUUUUAUUUUUCCCAGUGGAUUUUCCUACUUCCUGAUACCUCCUAGACGUCGUAAAUUCUCGUGAAGUACCUGGAGAGAAUCAAGUGAAUUGGGGGAAUUCGAUUAGGAGCUGGGCAGAGGGAGAGGAAGACCUCAAGGUGUUAAUCCUAUUCCGGAGGGAAGCGGUUAGUCUUUGAGGUUCAAAAGGCAUUUCUCGAUAUUGGUUCGGGGCUGUUUUGGUUUUUGGAUUUUGAGCCUUUCUUGGGGAUCAGGAUGACGAAGGAGAGGAGAAUAGUUGUUGAGAUCUUCAGGAACUUCAUAGCCUCCUUCAAACCUCGGAUGAGCCGCAUCAAACUCGUGGGUGAGGAUUACCACGGUACGAAGUACUACGAGGAUCCAGAGGCGAAAGCCAGGAAGGGAAGGAGUUUCAUUCCGAAAGAUGAAGAAAACUUCGAGCAGGAAAUUCCUGCUGAGUGGGAGGCCUGGCUCAGGUACAGAAGACACCAGCCCCCCACCCAGGAAGAAGUUCAAGCUAAUUACGAGAUGAUGAUGAUGAAGAAGAAGAAUGCAGCUGCCCUGGAGAAACAUUAUGCUGAGGAAAAAGGAGUCAGUGUAGACCCUCCCAGGGAAAAAACUGGAUUUGAAAGCUUUCCCAGCUAUGAAGAAUACAAGGAAUAUGGCCAUGCUUACCUCGAGGAUAAAGAGGGAAAAAAGAAAUAGUGUGACUAAUAAAAAAUUAAUAAAUAAUAUCAAAGUAACGAAGCGAGUUGAAAUCGCGAUACGUAAAUCAUUCUACCUUCGCAAUUAUCUCAAGAACUAUCAAUCCAACGUGGAAGCAUCAGAGGACUUUUUUCUAACUGAAAAAAUUUCCUCCGGGAAAGGCCUUUUCAUAUUUCCUCCUGAAAUGGAUAGUUUUCGAGAUAAAUUCAUCAUUAAUAAAAACGUCUGAAGUCCUUCACCCAGUUUUCCUCCAAUUAAAUCACACGCUGUAUUAUAAAAAUUGUAAAUAUUUAUUAUAAUAGAAUGAAUUUACUACAA